AUGUCAACAAGAGCAUUAAAAAAAAAACAAUUACAAAAAGAAGUUUCAGAUGAGGAAAUUUCAACAGAUGAAUCAGAUGAAGAAAUUCAAACAGUUCAGCCAAAGUUUUCAAUGUUAAAUUUUUCAGAUGAUGAUAUUUGCAGCGAUAAAUCAGAAUCUGAAGAAUCUGAAGAAGAGGUUAUACCACAACCAAAAAAACAACCAGCUAAACCACAACCAAAAAAUAAAAAACAACAACAACAGCAACAACAACAAAAGAAAAAUAAAAAGCAAAAUAAUAAAAAUAUAGACAAAGAUUUAGAAAUAUUAAACUCAAUCGAAAAUAUUUCAACUACACCAUUAACAAAAGAAGAAAUUAAAUUAAAAGAGUUUAAUAGUUUAUUUAAAAUUAAUCAAACUUUAUUAAAUCCAGAUAAUGAGUUAAAGAAAUUAUUCGGAUGUAACAGUUCAGAUAUUAAAGGUCAAAAAAAAAAAGUUAAUAAUCCUCACCAUAAUAGAAAAAAGAAUUAUUUAUUUGUUACACCAAAACCAGAAUGGCCUGAUGUUAUAGGUUUAAUGAUAAUGGAAAUAGAUAAAGAUAAUACUACAACUACAACCACCACAACAGCAUCACCAACAUUAAAAUCUGCAAAUAAAUCAAAUAAAUCGAAUACUGCAACAACAGGAAAUAAUGAUGUUACAUAUUUCAAGGUUAAGUGGGGUCAAACUUAUUCAGAGAUUCAAGAAGCAUUUUAUGGCGCAUUAGCAACACACGAUCCAAUGAAUAUUGUAGCAGUGUUAAGAUUAAAUCCAUAUCAUAUUGAUUCAUUAUUACAACUAGGUCAGGUUUGUCUUCAAACAGCAGAGUAUCAGCAAGCCAGUGAUUUUGUAGAAAUGGCCGUAUUUGCAUUCGAGAGUAUUUGGCACCAUUUAUUCAAUCCAUUAAAUGGUAACUGUAGAUUCGAAUAUAAACACGACCAAAAUAAGUCAUGUUUCCUUUCAAUUUUCAGAUAUAUUCAAAUUUUAGGUAGAAGAGGUUGUCCACGUACUGCUUUAGAGUUUUGCAAAAUUCUCUUGACAAUGGAUUGGAGCGAUCCAUUAUUUAUCCGUUUAAUUAUUGAUUAUUAUUCAAUUAAAUCAAAACAAUAUCAGUUCCUUUUAGAUCUUUACACCAAAGUUAAAUCAGUUACUCCAACCACCUCAAGUUUAGCUUUAUUACCAAAUUUUACCUAUUCAGUGGCAUUAUCAAAAUUCUAUUUAGAAAAACAACAAAAAAAUCAAUUAAAACAAAAGCAACAAAAUAAUUCAGAUGAUGAAGAAGAGGAAAGACCUUCAAAACAAGAACAGCAAAAAACAAAAGUUGAAUCAAGUGAUGAAUUAUUACAAAAGGCAUUAAUUUCAUUCCCAAUGUUAUUGAAGCCCUUAUUAGAGAAAUUAAAAGUCAGUUUAACAAUUGCAAAGAAUGGAAAAACUGUAUGUUUUGAAAAUGAUAAAUUCUUUACAGAAGAUCCAUUAGAAAAGCGUAUCGAUCACUUAAUCAGUCUUUACGUUGAAAGAAGCUAUCAAUUGUGGCAACCAAAUGAAAUUCAAGAAUGGUUAAAGAAGAAUGCAGAAAUAGUUUUAGAAAAGGUAUCAAACAAAGAUCCAUUGGUAGAGAAAUUAACCAAAACAAUUAGGGACGAAUAUGAAACUGUUAAUCAACAAGUAUUUGAACAUCUAUUAUUAUCAGAGUAUUCAGAUGCAAUUCAAAGAUUACCUCCUGAUAUUGUCGAAGCAAUGCAAGCUGAAGGUUAUGAGAAUAUAAUGCCACAACGUAAUGACAACCAACCACCACAACAUUUAAGAAGAGGUGGUAUUGGUGGAGGUUACCAAAUUUUCCAAAGACAGCAUAGAAAUAGACAACAACAAAUCGAACAACAAAUCCAACAACAAUUAAGACAACAACAACAAUUUAGAGGUAAUCAAGCAAUUCCAAACCAUAACCAACCGAUUUUUGAAGAUAACCCAGAAUAUAAUGGCCCAGAAAACCCAGUUUUAUCUUUUUUCCAUUCAUUAAUGCCAUGGAACGAUCCAUCUGUUCAAAGAGCUAAUCAACAACAACAACAACAACCUCACCCAGGUUUCUUGGAUGAUUAUGUUGAUUUUGAAGAUGAAGAACAAGAUGAAUAA